GUGCUGUCGUCAUCAGUGACGCAGCACAGUUAAGCGCGCGGACUUCGGUGUCGUUUGUACAUUUCGUUAACGGCGGCUCUUUGGAUUCAUAACUACUAUUUUUUCUAAGCAGAAAUUGUGUCCUUCAUCCUAAACAGACAAAGGAAAUCGGUCAUCAUGUGUAAUCAAGGUGGUAGAACUUGUAUUCUUUAACCCACUGAGUGAAAUUAGACACAAUCUGUGACGUGAAGUUUGAGUUGCUGCAGCCACUGCUUCUUAUCCAGAAACAUCUGCGUGUGGUACCCUCUGUUGAAAGUGCCUUAGAGCAAGACUGUUCUUCUGUUAUACCUGUUUGAUCCAUCAAAAUGACUCCCAACGGAUAUUUAAUAUUUGAAGACGAGAGCUUCCUUGAUUCUACUGUGGCCAAGAUGAAUGCUUUGCGUAAAAGCGGCCAGUUUUGUGAUGUCAGACUGCAGGUCUGUGGACAUGAACUGAUGGCCCAUAAGGCUGUGCUGGCCUGCUGUAGUCCUUAUCUAUUUGAGAUUUUCAACACUGACUCUGAGCCACAUGGUGGGGUUUCGCUGGUAAAAUUUGAUGACCUCAACCCUGAUGCUGUGGAAACCUUGCUUAACUAUGCCUACACAGCCCAACUGAAGGCAGAUAAAGAUCUGGUUAGAGAUGUGUAUUCUGCAGCAAAGAAGCUCAAAUUGGAGAGAGUCAAACAGAUCUGUGGAGACUACCUACUAUCAAAAAUUGACUCGCAAAGUGCCAUUUCAUACCGCAACUUUGCUAGUAGCGUGGCUGAUGGGCGGCUUCUGGGCAAGAUUGAUGCUUUUAUACAGGACCAUCUUCAGGAGAUUUCAGAACAGGAUGACUUCCUUAAACUUCCUCGACUGAAACUGGAGGUUAUGCUAGAGGACAACCUGAACUUGCCAGGUAAUGGCAAACUAUAUUCAAAAGUGAUAAGCUGGGUGCAGCACAGCCUGUGGAAGAAUGGAAAUCCCCUGGAGAAACUGAUGGAAGAGGUGCAAACGCUGUACUACUCAGCAGAUCACAAAUUGCAUGAUGGGAGCCUGCUUGAGGGGCAGGCAGAAGUCUGCAGCUCUGAGGAUGACCACAUCCAUUUUGUGCAGAAGAAGCCUCCUCGAGAGAGAGACGAGAUGAGCUCAGGUGCCUCUGGCAGCCUCUCUCCCUCCAACAGCCAGUUCAACAAGCACGAAUGGAAGUAUAUUGCCUCAGAGAAGACCACCAGUAAGUCUAUAGUGCUUCAUUUGAGCACCUUUUUUGUCUUUCUGAAACUUUUUUUUUUUUUCAGGUCUGUUGUUUUAUCGGAAUAUAUUUUAAUAUGUGGCUAUAACAGAGAAGAGUGCUUGAGGACUGUGGAGUGUUAUAACCCAAAGAAGGACUGCUGGACUUUCAUUGCCCCCAUGCGCACUCCACGAGCUCGCUUCCAGAUGGCUGUACUAAUGGGUGAACUGUAUGUGAUGGGUGGCUCCAACGGUCACUCAGAUGAGCUGAGCUGUGGAGAGAUGUAUAACCCUAAGGCUGACGAGUGGAUUCAAGUUCCUGAGCUCCGUACCAACCGUUGCAAUGCAGGUGUGUGUUCUUUGCAAAACAAGCUUUUUGUGGUGGGUGGAUCUGAUCCUUGUGGCCAAAAGGGCUUGAAGAAUUGUGACUCCUUUGACCCUGUGACAAAAAUGUGGACCAGCUGCGCACCCCUCAACAUCAGGAGGCACCAGGCAGCAGUGUGCGAGCUAAAUGGAUUUGUGUACGUGAUAGGUGGCGCUGAGUCCUGGAACUGCUUAAACUCAGUAGAGCGCUACAACCCAGCAAACAACACAUGGACCCUGGUGGCCCCCAUGAACGUGGCCCGUCGUGGAGCUGGUGUGGCUGUGUAUGAAGGGAAGCUGUUUGUGGUCGGAGGAUUUGACGGCUCUCACGCUCUGCGUUGUGUGGAGGUCUAUGACCCAGCCAAGAACGAGUGGAGGAUGUUGGGAAGCAUGACAUCAGCACGGAGCAACGCAGGGCUGGCUGUGCUGAAUGGUGUGCUCUGUGCAGUUGGGGGCUUUGAUGGCAAUGAGUUUCUCAACACCAUGGAGGUGUAUGACCCAGAGAUCAAUGAGUGGAGCCCGUUUAUAGUGGCAUUAACCAAGAACUGCAGGGUGUCAGGAUCUCUCCUGUCCUCAAACUGACACACAUUGUAAUGUGACUGUGCUUUACUGAUGUUCAUCAGUUUAGGCGCUGAGGAGAGAGACUCUGAUAGAUGCUUAUAUGGGGUUGCCCAAAGCAACAAAGCUUUUGCAUAUUGCAUAAUUUCUAUGUAAAUAGAUUUUUCUUUCUUUCUCCUUUUUUAUCUUUUUUGUUUUGCUAUCAAAGCCAGUACUUGGAGUGAUAUUUGAAGAUGGUAUGGUUAAUGUCAUAAGAACAGGUUUAUUAGAUUGUUAUAAUGUGAACUGUGUCGAAGGUUCAUGACGCAGUGCUUAGUUCAUCAUGAAUGAUUUGACAUUGAUUUAAUGCCUUGCUUAUUGAAGAUGAGAUCUAUAUAUGUAUAGCUGGGAAGUCUUUGACCACAGAAUACUUAAAGCUCAUCUUAAAUGGAGCCAUAAUGCUUCAGUGGGAUUGUAUCUUGGCUUUUUAUAGCAUUUUUAUAAAACUUAUGUAAGUGUCUAACAUGUACACCUGACAAGCGUACAUUCCAGUUAUGAAUGAAUUUGUGCUGCAGGCUUGUUUUUGCAAAGAUUCUUAUUUUAUAUGCUAAAAAGGCCAAUGAUGAUAAUGCCACUUUUAACACCAAUUAAUGUUUCAUCUCAUUCAUUUUUGUAUUUAAAACUGUUAGACCUGAUUUCUUAAUGAUUAUUUUUGUUUUUUGGUACAAAAACGGUGCAAAAAUUAAUAAACCAUUUCAACUUCGAA